GUAUGAGUGGAGUCGUGAACGCACCCUCCAUUGAGAAGUUCGUCAGUCAGUCACUCACACGGUAGCAAGCUGCGGAAUUUGAAGAGUUCUACUGCCGUUAUUCUUGUCUACAAUGAGAGAACUUCACUUUAAGGAUUGCUUUUGGAACAGGGAUUUCACCGGCACUGGGGGUUAUGACAGUAUCAUCCAGCACCUCAACGAUGGCAAGAAGACAUGCAAGGAGAUAGAAGACUUCAUGAAAGCCAGAGCAUCCAUAGAGGAGAAGUAUGCCAAAGAGCUACUGGGUCUCUCCAAGAAGGUGUGUGGGUGCAAUGAGAUGAACACAUUGAAGAGAUCGCUGGAUGUGUUCAAACUGCAGACUGAACAUGUGAGUUUGUCACAUCUACAACUGGCACAAACAAUGAGGAAUGAGGCAAAAAAACUUGAGGACUUCAGGGAGAGACAGAAAGAGGCAAGGAAAAAGGUUGAACAACAGAUGGAUGCCCUACACAAACAGAGGGCCACUCAGUUCAAGAAAACCAUGGAGUCAAAGAAGACAUAUGAGCAAAAGUGUCGAGACAAAGAGGAAGCAGAACAGAACAUGAACCGAAAUGCAAGCACCAGUAACGCCAAGCAGCAGGAAAAGCUAUUUGCAAGAACAAAGCAAACAAAAAUGAAUGCAGAGGUAGCUGACAGGCUAUACAUGCAGAAUGUGACUGCGCUGGGAAGAAUCAGGGAGGACUGGCAGAAGGAGCAUGUCAAAGCAUGCGAGGUAUUUGAGAAGCAGGAAGUUGAGAGGAUUAACACUCUCAGGAACAUGGUGUGGACUCAUCUCAACCUGCUCUCCCAGCAGUGUGUCACCAGCGAUGAGCUAUAUGAGGAAGUGAGGAAGUCUCUUGAACAUUGCGACAUACAGGAGGACAUUGAACACUUCGUGAACCUCAGACGGACUGGGGAUAAACCACCAGCUCCUAUUCUGUAUGAUAACUUCUACGUCAGUCAGAGGGUCCCCGUAGCACCAUCAGUCACCCAAAUGGCUCCAUCUAUCACCAGGAGACCAUUGCCUAAUCCAACCAACACCGGAGGUGAUUUGAUCAACUCAACUGCAUUAGAUCCAGAUCGAGCCUACAGUGUUAUACAAUACUAGCACACGGUUAUCUAUGGGUAUUGAUAUCGACUGCCUGGUGGAAUGCUGAGUGUGGAUCCCUUCAGUGAUGGAUGUAAAAAGUGGACUUUGUGCUUUGUGCAUUCAACAGUGACACCUUGACAAACUAAUUCAGAAACACCACCAACGCUGACGUUAGUUUUGUUUUGAUUAUGUCAUCGUUGUGGUUUUAUAGCUGUGUUAUAAACAGUAAGGUUAAGUGUCAUAGCUCAUAUACAAUAUAUGUCAAUUGGUAAUAUAUUUAGUUUUUGUACAGUCUAAACCAGGAAAUAUUGUUAAAGCAAAAAUAAAAGUAAUCACUACAACUAUUUGUUAUUAUUGUUAUUUAUUUUUUAUUGGCCGAUCCACCACCUCCCCUCUUUGGAGGACCAAAAUAAUUGGACCAGAAUAAAACUUAAAUGUACAUCUACUGUACACACAUCUUUCAUACAUGGCACAUCCCUCUUUCUUUUCUUUACAGUAGUUACAGAGUUGACAUGCAUCACAUUCAGAUAGAAGGUACCCAAACGCAUACGCUAUACAUUAUGUAUUGUGUUUUUAGUCAACUAUUAUAGAACAUGAGCUUUUAUACAUGAGCUUUUAAACCCACCCCUCAGCUACUCUCAGUCCAUCUCACCUAUUUCCUUAAAUUGCCCUCUUAUGAUUUCCAUGUGUCGUAUAUUCUUCAACUGUGCUGUGAUCUUUCACAUCAAUUCUGAACCUUUCUAAUCGCAUAGUAUCUACAGAUUGUAAGUUAAAGAUUAAUAUUUUUACAAAAAGUAUUAUGUUGUUGAUAGAUUUACUAUUGCUUUCCAAAUCUCCCAACAGUGCUAUUUGUAGGGUUAAUUUUAGGUAAAUGUUGGGAACGAAUGUUUCUGAACCAGUGACCAGAAACAAGCUCCACAGGGGCAAUACUAGAAUAAGUGAUCUAAUGAGUCUGUCUCUUCGCAGCAAACUCUGCAGAGCUGAGAUGGUUGUAUGCCCCAUAGACGUAGCAUUCUGUUGGUGGCAAGAAUUUUGUACAAUAAUUUCAAUUGGAAAAACGUUGAAUCAAGCGUUGUUUUUUGUAUCCGUUUAUAAACAAUGUGACAUGGAAUUGGCACAUUAAAAAUCUCUUUUGUAACCUGUAUGGUGCUGCAGUCAUCAUUUGGCCCUCAAAUGAAACAGGAAUAUUUUUUGUAUUUAUGACGAUUGUUUUGGCCAAUUUCGGUCUUUAAUAAAGGGCAGACAAAACAAAUUCACAAAUGUA